AUGCAUUAUCGCUCUUUCAUUAGAAAAAUUGAACUCAACCGAGAACAUUUUCGCGCCAUAAUUUAUUGCAACCUUCAGAGACAAUUAUCGCAACAAAAAUGCCUUGCUGAGUUACUGUCUGUUUUCGGCAAGGAAGCGCCACAUCAGGUGGGUGCACCAAAAACGGCAGUCACCCAGGAAAACGUCGAUGCUGUGCGCAAACUCAUCGUUGAAGAUAGACAUCUGACAUAUCGCGAGAUUGAGGCGUCCUUGAAGAUCUCAAAGACCUCAAUUCAAAAAAUUUUACAUGAAGAAUUAGGAGUAAGAAAAUUAGUCUCUCGUUGGAUACCCCACCUGUUGACUGAAGAGCAGAAAGCAGCCAGGCAAAAAAAUGUGUACAGCAUUGUUAGUGGUGAUGAAUCGUUGAUUUACUGUUAUGAACCAAAAAAUAAACGACAGUCGGCUGUUUGGGUGUCCCAAGGUGAAGAAAAGAAAACAAAAGUCAUCCGUUCUCGAAACAAUGCAAGCUCGCACACAGCCCAAAAAACAAGGCAGUAUUUAACGGAAGAGAACGUGGAAUUAUUGGACCAUCCUCCAUAUAGUCCCGAUCUAAGUCCGAACGAUUUCUUUACUUUCCCGAAAAUUAAGAACAGACUGCGUGGUCAAAUGUUCCAGUCACCAGAGGAAGCAGUUGACGCAUUCCAAAUUGCCGAUUUGGAUCUUCCAGCAAACAAGUGGAAUAAGUGCUUUGAAAAUUGGUUGGAGCGCAUGCAGAUGUGUAUUAAUCUACAUGGAGAAUACUUCGAAAAACAAUAA